UGUUGCUUCUGUUUGACUUUAUCAGACCGAGAACCUCACGAAAGGCAUUUCAUUUUUGUUUUCCUUCGUCGCCCUUCUCUUUUCACAACUUCCUCGAUGAUUUGAUUUCUCGUUAACCAUCACAAUCUUUUGAUUUGCGACUGUUCAUAGUGUAAUGCUACCAGUAAUUGUCUUUCGGGGUCUUUGAUAGUCAGUGCGUCGGUUAGCGAAGAGUAAUGGAAGCUUUACCGCCUUUACGCUUAACAGCAAAACUUAAGUUGCUGCAACUGCGCAUUUCGAUUUGAGUUGAUUCUGCAGACUUCCGUUUUUUCUUUUUUAAUUGAUUACUUCCAUCUGUGCGGUGUCUGUCGUGCAUAAAUCAAUUUUCUAUUUUGUAAGCUUAUCCAGUGCUGAUUUUGUUUGUUCUUGCCUAAACAUGCCAGCAGGUGAUGAGGAAACGGUUUCCGCGGAUGUGUACGAUGCCUUCCACAAACUCUUCAUGGAAUUCUGGUCGGAUCAUCCUGAGUUGCAUGACAACGUUCAGUUGCAGAAAAUCUGCGAGAACUGCUCUAUCCUGGUAGACAUGAGCGAGAAACAGGCCGAUGUCAUUCGCUUACUGAAAGAAGAGAACACUCAGCUCAAAGUGGAUGUGGAGAAAAUCCAUCAGGAUGUGUACAAAGCACGCCAAGAUCGAGACGAGUAUGUGGAUGAAGUGGAGAAGAAUUGGGCGGCGGAAGUCCAGCAGUACGUGAAACAGUUGGAAGACGGGAAAGAGGAGAGGAAGUUCCUGAAACUGCACUUGGAUGAAAUGGAGCGCGAACUGGAGCAUCUCGGUAAUGAGAAAAAGAAAGCCGAAGAGGCGCUGCGUGCUUUUCGUGAUCGCUGGGAAAACCGCAGCCAUCACAUGACAUCGCUGUUGGAUUCCAGUGAAUUUGAGACCGGAGAGUCGGAUGCCGAAGGUUACGAGGGUGAUGAGUCCAAAUAUUCUUCUCCUGGUGGCCGGAGUAUGGUGCAGCAUUUGAUCGGUGAGAUCCAGCGUAAGGAUGAUGAACUGAAUGAGCUGCGGGCGCGCGCUGAUCGUGUGGAGAUUCCGCAUUGCACGUCGGAUCUGCUGGAUGAGCUGCACAUGCUGCGCGACGACAACGAGAAUCUACGCAGUCUCCUGGCCGACCGCAAUCCGUCCAUGUCACCGAAAGACGUCAGUGCCGAUCGUGGUCGCUCGAAGCGAACCAGUCUCAUGUGCGAGUUGAAUUCUCUGGACUCGUCGGCGAAUCGAUCAUUUAUCGAGCGCACUCGCGAUCGUGCCGGGUCACCCAUGUUUUCCGAUGUCGCCAAUCAGACUGUCGAGCAAGCGGGGGAUUCUGCGUUUUCCAAAACCACACAGGAAGGAUCUCCGGGUCGGAAACUGUUUGAGAAUUAUACUGAUUAUUGUUGGAACAUGCUGUACAGUAUUGUAGAGAACCUGCAGCGGUGGUCGCAUCUACUGACCGGACUUGUACGGGGGAUCGUCUCAAAAAUAAUUUCCGCGCUAUUUUCGUGAUUGGUCUGCUCUUCUACCUGCUGGAUCUCAUCUCGUUUAAUAUCCUCGGCGUGCAUAUAUUUUCCCGUAAACCAUGCCACUCAGGUCCACCUUACUGAAGUGGAAUACCCGAAAAUUGGCUGUGGUUGUCUGCGUUUGGCCGGUUGGUUCGCUGUAAUGGACGUAUUUAUUUAAUUAUGCUCGGGGAACGAUUAACUGAACCGUGCAGACUUUGCGAAAUAUUCUUUUAUUUAUAUCCUCGCAUGAAUCUUUUUUUUGGAAAAUAAUAAAUUUGUACUAUUUUCAUUUUUUGUAAAUCUGUAAAGGUUUUUGGCUCAUGUGUUCCCGUGUUAGUGAUGGAGCGGCGUUGUGCGUUUUUAUUACAUUGAUUAUUUUGCCUGUAAUAUACAUUUUAUGUACUCCGAUUAUAAACUGUUUAUGUGCUGUAUAAUUAUAUGAAUGAAUUGCUUUAUAGAUUUUACACAUGGGACUUUUGAGUUAUGGUGUGAAUUGCUCAAAUAAAUGGGUUGUUUUG